AUGCGAACGCGACUGCGGCUUCCCGUGGUGCUCCUCUCCUGCUCCCUCUUCUUCCUCGCCGGCUUCUUCGGCUCGCUGCUCUUCACCCAGGAUCCGGAGGAGGCGGACAUGCCGGUGCCGAGGGAGCGGCUGCUGGAGACGGCGUGGCCUGAGAUGCCAUACGGCGAGUCCGGCGAGGCUGCGCCGUCCGUAAUCCCAUACCAGGUGAUGUCUCGUUCCGGUUCCAUCUCCGCUAGGCGAUUGCCCCACAUUCGGCGUGAUGAGCAUUGGUGCGGGCAGAUUUUGAGCUGGCACCCUCGUGCUUUGUACUUUCCACAAUUUGCGACAUCAGAACAGUGUGAAAAUAUAGUAAAAACUGCAAAGGAGAGACCGAAGCCAUCAACAUUAGCCCUGAGGAAAGGAGAAACCAUGGAGAGUAAAAAAGGAAUCAGGACAAGGUAA